CUAAUACUCCUAUAUAACUUCAUGGAAGUUGAACUCUUUCUUUUACUAAAGCCUUAGACUACAUUAUUAUUUCCUCAAGUUCUAAAUAAACUAUAGUUGCACUAUAUUAUUAAAGUUUUCUAUUUAACUUCAUGGAUGCAGUGAAUAGAUUAGGAGCAGAAAGCCCAGUGGUGAUAUUCAGCAAGAGCAAUUGUUGCAUGUCUCACAGUAUUGAAACCCUAAUUCGUAAUUUUGGGGCGAAUCCAACGGUGUAUAAGCUUGAUGAACUUGAGCAAGGAAAGAAGAUGGAGAAAGCAUUGAUUGAAAUGGGUUGCAAUCCAAGCACUCCAGCUAUAUUUAUUGGGAAAGAGUUUGUUGGUGGUUCUGAUGAAGUGAUGAGUCUCAAUGUUAAAGGCAAGUUGAAGGAACUGCUCAUUAAGGCUAAUGCUAUUUGGGUAUAAUCUAUAGACUAGAACUAUAGGUAGUAUUUACACAUGCAGUUUAAAAAGUGUUGUUUUUUUUUUUUUUUUUAACCAAUAUUAGUG